AUGAGCUCGCCACAAUCAACUUCUGAUCACAACGGAACGAAAUUUGAACCUUCUUCAAAGCAGCGGCCUGGCAUAAAGAGUCAUGCCGUCAAGUCUUCAGAACCUAUCUUGGAAGAUGGAUCUCUCACACUGGAAGCCAUCCGAGAAUGGGAGAACAAAGCGGCACAGGACCCAAAGGUUCAACUAGCUCGCACUGUUUUCGUUAAUACAAAUUUCAAGGAUGCACUCGUAUCUCGUGAUACUCGCGUUGUCGACCCAUACGUUUUUAACCUCUUGUUAGAUUUCAAGCCAGACCAGAUAGCAGACCAGAAAUCGACUGGAAGAUGUUGGCUGUUUGCUGCCACAAAUGUAUGGCGUUAUUCAUUUAUGCAAGAGCUUGGGUUGAAAGAAUUUCAGCCUUCUCAAUCGUACCUCUUCUUCUGGGAUAAGCUGAAUAGGUGUAAUUACUAUCUCGAAUGGUUUAUCAAGACCGCAGAUCUCCCACUUGACAACCGACUCAUGAACUUCAUGACCGAUGAUAUUCUAACAGAUGUUGGCCAAUGGGAUCUGGCCAUAAACCUCCUUGAGAUGUACGGCAUCGUGCCACAAUCUAUAUAUCCUGAAUCGGUCUCGUCAUCCUCCUCUUACAACAUAUCCAAACUCCUCAAACCCAAAGUACUUGAAGAUGGUCUCACUCUUCGUCGACUCGUUUCCUCUCUUCGAGGAACUGUAAGUGAAGACGUCUUAUUAAACUCCGCUCGAAGAAAGAAAGAAGAGCUCAUGGCAGAGAACUGGAAUAUACUAACUACGUUAUUUGGUGUUCCUCCAAUGCCCACCGAAAAUUUCACGUGGGAGUACUAUGAUAAAGAUGGAAGAGCAAAGGCAUGGAACGGCACUUCACUUGAAUUUUACAGGACCAUUCCCGCCAAUGCUUAUCCCGUAAACACAUGGAUCUCCUUAGUCAAUGACCCUCGCAACGAGUAUAAGAAGCUCCUCACCGUUGAGCGUUUCAAUAAUGUCAUAGGCGGCCGCCGAGUUCUUCAUAUCAAUACUAAUAUUGACGACCUCAAAACUGCAGUCGUAAAUACAUUGAAAUCCGGACAGCCAGUCUACGUCGGGUGUGACAUACACCAAUACUCCGACCAGAAAUCAGGCAUCCUCGAUAUCGACUACUUUAGAUCGGGUUUUGCCAAAGCCUUCAACGUCUCUUUGAAUCUAACAAAGGCCGAAUGGUUGCAGAUGAACCAUUCGCGACCGUCGCAUGCCAUGAUAAUCACCGGUGCCCAUAUCGACCCUAUAACAGGGAAAGCAACAAGGUAUAAAGCGGAGACUUCAUGGCAAACCGAGAAAUUAAAAAACGGAUUCCACGUCCUAACGGAUGCGUGGUUUGAUGAGUUUGUGUAUCAGGUUGUUGUUCCGAAAAGUUUAGUACGAGAUGAUCUCGUGAAAGUAUUUGAAGAGGGAGAGACGAUUGUUCUGCCACCAUGGGAUCAACUG